UGUGCCAAUCCUGGGUUUUAGGUACCAUGAAAGUGACUUGGCUUUUAGCGGUGUUCAUCGCCAAGGUAGCCGCUCCACAGCUAACCUACUCCAGGGCAGGUUAUGUUCUAGUUUAGAGAUCUCAAACUGAAAUUGGGCCAAUCAGAUGUGAGCUAAGUGACACUGACACACCCAACACAAUAAAGUCUCUCCCCCAGUUUCUCUUCCUCCAAAUUAAAGGUCACUAUAUAGUAAAAACAAAUAUUUAACGAUGAAAUUGUCUGGCUUUAAUGAUAAUUACUUGAUGAUCUAUUUUUAUUAAUCCAUUACACACAUGCAAGUUUAGUUUAACAGUUAUUAAGCAUUUAGUUUCAAUGAAUAUUAAUAUAUAUAGAUCAUAUGUAAUAUAAAUAAGGUGUAAAUAUACUCUAAAUAUGACUACAUGUGACCUUGUAUGUUUGAGUCUCUAUUGCUGUAUAUUAUCAACCAUAUAACUAACUUCACAAGUUUCACUUGCACGGAUAGAGCAAGAUCAUUUCUUUUAUUUGUCCAAGUAUUUUCAUUAGUGUAAAUGCGUUUAAAUUGUUCAUUUUCAGCAAAAGAGUUUUGAAUCGCGCUCGCGAGAAGUGAAUUACAGUUUCUCUUUGUUGCAAGGCUGCAUGUGAUUGGCUGUUUGCCACUGAUGUCACACUUUCAUGAGCACGUGUAUUUUCUAGUGAAGGUUUAUAAAAGCUACUUCAAUGUCCUAGUUGAACUAAGGCCUAAUCCUGGCUUAGUCUAAGCCCUGUCUGUGAAACCGGGCCAUUAUAUCUUGGAAUAAGAUUUUGGCAUAUUUCCCAGCCCAAAACGACACAUAAUAUGAACUCUGCUUUCUUACGCUGUUUUUUAACAUGUAUUUUAAAAUUGCAAUUCACAUUUGUAGCUAUUUGCAUAUUAAUAUUGUAAUACCUGGUAUAAAUGGUUUCUGCACCCAAACAUUACAGUUUUGCCUAUUAGACAAAAUCUCACACUUCAUUGUUAGUUAUUAAUAUUCUCUUUUAUAUAUAUUUAUAUAUAUAUAUAUAUAUAUUUAUUAUAUAUAUACAGAAUAUAUCAGGUGUGUCCAAACUUAGUCCUGGAGGGCCACUGAUGAACCAGUUAAUCAAGGUCUAACUAGGCAUACUAGAAACUUUCUGCAGGUUUUUUGGAGCUAAACUCUGCAGGACAGUUGCACUCCAGGACCGAGUUUGAACACCCCUGGUAUAUAUAUAUAUAUAUAUAUAUAUAUAUGACAGCAGCAUGUGAAUGAGACUUUUAUUUUGGUCUGACGGUGUGGCGUCAUAAAGCUGCGCCGCGCUCCUGCAUCUGUUGUGAUUCGGCUGAAGAAAGGACAAACAGACAGAAAAACUCCUGGUGAAGCGACUGAGAUCCACGUGACACUAUUAUAAAGAUGGCGUUUAUUAAAGAGGAGAGUGAAGACAUAAAGAUUGAAGAAACAUUCAGUGUGAAACAAGAGGAAACUGAGGAACAAACAGACCUGAUGGCAAUGAAAGAGGAGAGUGAAGUACUGAAUGAAAUGGAAGAGAAGGAUCAAUAUAACAAUCAUCAUGAUUUUAUUACUGGAGAAAAAUCUUUUAUUUGCUUACAGACUAAAGAAACUUCAUCACAAAAAAAGGGGCAAAAGACUAGAAGUAAUUUCAUCUGCCAACAAUGUGGAAAGAGUUUCAAAAAAGAAGGAAACUUAAAAGUCCACAUGAAAAAUCACACUGAGAAGCAUUACACCUGCCCUCAGUGUGGAAAGAGUUUCAAACAGAAAGGACACUUUGAAGACCACAUAAGAAUUCACACUGGAGAGAAGCCUUUCACCUGCCAACAAUGUGGAAAAAGUUUCAACCAAAUAGGAAUCCUUAACAGGCACAGGAGAACUCACAAUGGAGAGAAGCCUUACACAUGCCCUCAGUGUGGAAAGAGUUUCAAUGAACAUGGAAAACUUGUAGUCCACAUGGGAGUUCACACUGGAGAGAAGCCUUACACCUGCCAACAAUGUGGGAAGAGUUUCACUAAACAUGGAAGCCUUGUAGUCCACAUGAGAGUUCACACUGGAGAGAAACCUUACAUGUGCCAACAGUGUGGAAACAGAUUCACUCAUAAAGGAAGCCUUAAUAGGCACAUGAGAAUUCACAAUGGAGAGAAGCCUUUUCACCUGCCAACAGUGUGGAAAAAAAUUCAACCGGAAAAGAAACCUUUAUGCCCACAUGAGAAUUCAAACAGGACAGAGACUUUUCACCUGCCAACACUGUGGAAAAAGAUUCAACCGAAAAAAGAAACCUUAAUGCCCUUAAUAAAGCCUUAACAGGCCUAUGAGAAUUUACAAUGAAGAGAAACAGUAUGGAAACAGUAUGGAAGGAGUUUCAAUCAGAAAAGACACUUUAAAGACCACUUGAGUAUUCACACUGGAGAGAAGCCAUUUAUAUGUGGUCAGUGUGGAAAGAGUUUCAGAUAUAAAGAAACCUUAAAGUACCACAUGAGUAUUCAUGUAUGAGAGAACUGUCUUGUAUGUCUUUAGUGUGGAGUCAGUUUCACAGACAUGAAUCAGCUUAGGAAUCAUAUAAUAACUCACAGCAGAGAGAAUCCUUUCAUGUGCCAUCACUGUGGAAAGACUUGUAGAAGUAAAGCAAACCUUGAGGUUCACAUAAGCGUCCCUGAUAUAUUUAGGCAGAGUUGUUUUUGGUUCUUUGCUUAAAGGUAAAAAAGGUUCAAAAUACUUGAGCACCGGACUUAGCAAACAUCCCAAGUGGCAUUUAGAUGAAUAUGUAAAUAUGUGCUGCUAAGUUUUUCAGUAAUAAAAACCCAACGAGAAAACAACAUUUGUGUAAGCAUCUGAUCAUAGCGAUGUGGAUUUUUACACCAGCUCUGCAAUUCAACACAACAGUCAAGUUCUGUUUAUUUAUAUAGUAAUUUAUACAAUUGAUUUGUUUAAAGCAAGUAGCUUAUUUCAGUGACUUAUGUGUGGCUAUUAAAAAAAAUGUUAAAUUUUCUCAAAAAUACAGACAUGUACGUACAUGUUGCUUACAUAUUAAUGUAGCCCUGUUUGUGCGGAAUACAGUGUAAUUUAGCCAAUAAAAUGUUUAUAAGCAACUGAAAAAAGCACGCAUGUCAACAAUUCACCAUGGCCCAAAAACACGCUCAGACCCGAGAGAGUUAAAACCAACAGGGGCCCGAAUAAACAUCAAGAAACAGUGUCCAAAAACACAAGAGCAGUUUAAUCUGAAACCGUAAUUACACUGUUGUGGCACUUGCAAAAUUCUUUGCAACACCACAAACAAUAUCACAAAGUGUAAUGGUAUCAUAGAAAUAGAACAGGAUUGUAAUAUAAUUUCUCUUACAGUCUCAAAUUCAAUCCUAUCAAGAUUCAUUACACAAAACCUGAACCUAUCCACCUCUGAUGCACAAGACAUUAAAGAGAUAUUUCUAAGCUCAGAAGCACUAAGAUUCACUUACAAUAAUGGUUUGGAAAUAACCAGUGUUGGGAGUAACGCAUUACAAAAGUAAUUAUAUUACAGUAAUAUAUUACUUUUUGCUGUAACACAGUAAUAUUAACGCAUUACAAUUUCAACUUGUUACGCGCAUGCCUAAUGUACGACUCCUGUAUGUCACUGUAAUUGUCUUUAUCUUAAUUACAAUCGUCAUCCAUCAAAACUUUAUAAGCGACACUGGUUUUGUUUAUCCAACUGAGAGAUGUAGUUUGUGUGUACUGUUACUUAUUGGGUGUUUUAAGCAGCCGUUCAGUCUGUACUUCACACAGCGUGAUGAAAAACGGCGUGGGCUGCUCCAAAAUAAUAGCAACAUUUGCAUAUUUAAUUUAACGGAUUAAUAAUACAAUUAAUGAAUUAUAUUAAUAUAUUUUAUGAAAUAUUUUUAAGUUAUCUCCAAGCCCCCAUGGAGGAUCACUGGUCUACUUGUUGCCAUAAGUAACAAAACAGAUUCCACACAAACCAUGUAGUUUGAUACUGUCACUAUGUGUCUAAGUAAAGAAACAGUAUUAAAUGUUCAGUUAUGUGUGGGGUUCUUUUUUGUAGUUAUUGUACUGAAAAGUGGAGAUUUUCUAGAGGUUUAUUUUUCAUGUUAUAUCAAGUGUACUGUUGUACAUUUUCAUUUUUUGCAUCUAUAAAUAUUUCUAUGUUCUGUAUCACUGUGUUGUGUUCACAGAAAUAGUUAACUGACAACUACUAAAUGUUUUAUAACUACCUGAAUUAAUCAUGAAUUACAAUAGGAAUAAGUGUUAAUAAAGCAUUUAUUAACA